AUGCCCACGACUCCCAAAUUCAACCCUCCGCCUGCCGACCUCCCGGGCAAGCCUCCUGUGAAGACUUGGGCUCCUCCUCCUGUCACUCAAGAGACUAAGGGUUUUGCCACCCUUACCAGUAUCGACUUGUCCCUUCUUGACUCUGACGAUCCUGUCGUCGCCGACAACUUGGUUCAAGAGAUGAAGAGAGCCAUUCGUGAGGACGGUUUCCUUUUCCUCGAAAACUACGGUAUCUCCCUUGAACAGCUCCAUAGGCAGUUCUCUUUGGCCCAAUACCUGUAUGACAAUAUCACGGAUGAAGACAAGAAACGUCUUCUCUUCCAUCCCGAGACUGGCUUAUGGGCAGGGUACAAGCAUCCGUAUGGUUUCAAACGCCACCAAGGUCCCAAAGACGGCAUCGAGCAAUUCAAUUGGUACACAAACGAAUGGAACGACUACAGUCGAUAUUUGACCGGCUCCGUCAACCGCCGCCUUCUCACGCUCUUUUCUCGCGUUCUCGAGCUCGACGAUGAUUACCUCUGGGACAACGUCCAAUCCCAAGGUUCACCUACCGGCGAAGGCUACUUCCGGCACGCCCUUUUCCGUCCUGUCGAGAAGACCACCGAAGAGGCUUCCAAAGGACUCCGAAUGCACGGGCACACCGACUUUGGCCUCACCACCCUGCUCUUUUCCGUGCCGGUGUCUUGUCUCCAGAUUUGGGGCAAAGACGAGCAAUGGUACUAUGUUCCUUACAAGCCUGGAGCUCUUGUCAUCAACAUUGGCGAGACGCUGGAGAUUGUUUCUGGCGGCCACUUCAAAGCGACCAGGCAUAGGGUGUACAAGCCCCCUGCGGAUCAACUCAAAACUGAACGACUUUCUUUGGUCCUAUUCAACUCUAGUGUUGGCGACCUUCGUAUGACGCCCGCUGCCAAAUCUCCUCUCAUCCAGCGCGAGGGCUGUGUCGAGGAACAAGGUGUCUACAAAGAGUUCAAACGUCUAAUGGAUCUUGGUGUACCUGUACCGACCAAUCAGGAGUGGCGAGAGAUUCAGAUCGCUGAAGCCACUGAUCCCACCGAUACUGAGCGUAACAGGGUUGGCUCUGACCAGGUGGUGGUCAACGGCAAACUUAUGCAGACGAGGGAGUACUAUGGUGUCAAGGUUCUCCUUCCUGUUUGA